GGCGGUCGCACAAAUGUAAACAAAUCGUAAAAUUUUGUCUUUCCACCUAGUUUUUGAAUCAAAUUGCUCGAAUUUUCUGCCUAACAUCCUGUGCUUAAUGGAUUUUACGAAGCAGAUGGACGAUCACCUCUUCAUGCUCAUUGAAAACACCAAGUUCUUUAAGCAAAUGGCCGACGCGCUGGGCGAUUGCGAUGAGAAUGGCGAAAUGAAAAAGUUUCUCGAAGAAAGCGUAAGAAAGCGGCUGCAGAUGGGAGAAAAACUUUUAAAAAUGGAACAGGAGCAUGAAAACACCUGCAAGGCCAUGGAUCAGGCCCAGGGGGAGAGUGCCAGCACGGAGGAACUCUCGAGGAAAGUCGAUCAACUGAAUCAAGCUGCCGCUAAAAGGGCCUCCAAUGUGAAGAACAAAGUCAAAUACAAAUACUUUAAGAAGGAAAUUGAAUUCUCUGCUGGUCCGGCCGACGGGAAUGCUCCUACUUCCGAUGGUGAUUUCGGUAUGUCCGAAGUUGUGCAAACCGGAGGCGAUGUGUUCUCCUUACACGACCCAUGGUCGAUGGUGCUGAUGAAGGACCCCGUGCGUAACACGAUGUGUGGCCAUAUCUACGACAGUGGAUCGGUUAACGCCAUGAUAAAGGAUUACGUCAGAAUCCGCUGUCCUGUAUCGGGCUGUGCCAAUAAGCACUUCAUUCAGCCAUCGCAUUUGGUGCAGGACAUCGAGGCUCAGGAGAAGCUGCGUCGUCAUCUGUCUGAGCAGAAGUUAGAGGUAGCUUCUGAUUCUGACGAUUCUAAUUAGUAGCUAAAGUGCGGUGUUUUUUUUAAUAAUACAAGAAUAUAGAUAGCCCACGAAUGGUGGAGAAACAUAAAA